AUGUCAAGAUCGAACGAUAAUAAUAAUGAAAAGAUAGAAGUUGAUUUACAAACCAAUUUACGGCGAUUUGAUGAACAAUUUUCGAAAGAAGUUAAAGAAAUUAUUGAUAAGAUAAUUCCUAAUAAAAUUCUUGAAUUAAAUCGAUUGAAAAGACCCAGAAAAGAUUCGAUUGAUAAAUUUGAAGAGGAAAUUGACCAAAGUCAAGAAUCUAUUAUUCGAAUGAGCCAAGAAUCUGUAGAUAUAAAUACAUUUCCCAAUAGUAAAAACAUCAUUAAUAUUAAUGACAAUACAAUUUUUCAAGAAAAAAAAUAUUUGAGAAUUAAAGAAUUGCAUGAAUUAUUGGAAAAAGAAGCGCAUCAUCUUUCGAUAUAUUGUUGCAAGAUUAGAGUUUGGAUUACUUUGAAAAUUCCAAGUUUCAAAUGCAACAACAACAACGACAAUGAAUCGAUUAUAUCUGCUAUGCAAGAUGCAUAUAUGUCGCUUCCUUCUAUCCAAAGAGUUUUUCUUGAAUCUAUUUCAUCCGUUGAUCGAGAUGGGCAUUUUGUGAUUGUUGACGGUAUUCAAACAUUUUAUAAACUAUCAAUUCCUCAAAAUCAACAUGGGUUACUUGAAGACAAUGUUAAUCAUAACAAGCCUGUGAUUGUGUGUCUUCAUCAAGUAUUUGGAAAUCUUUACACUUGGAAACAUCAGAUGCAACCACUAGCAGAUGCUACAGGCUGUCAUGUUAUAGCUUACGAUAGACCUGCUUUUGGUUUUACUGAGAGAAUAACUCAAUGGGAAGAAGGAAAAAAUCCAUACACACAAGAAGCUGCUUGUGAAUUUCUUUUGAAGUUCUUAUCAAGUACUGGUUAUGGUGGUAGGAGAUUUGUAUUUAUGGGAUCAUCUGCUGGUGCUGCAAUUUCUUCCUAUGUUGCAAUAAAAUAUCCACAAAUUGUUUAUGCUUUAAUUUUAAUUGCCCCAUCUUUAAAAGCUGAAGAUCAAGGUCCACCACCAAUCUCGUGUACAAUUUUAGGGACAUUCCCUGGAAGAUUGUUUCUUAAAGCAGCUUUAUAUAAAAACCUUCCAAUGUUAACAUUAUAUAAUGAUGUAAACACAAUUAGCGAUUGGGAAACUGUGGUUAAACCUUGUUAUAGAACGCCGUUAACCCUGCCAAAUUUUUACGAAGCAGCAUCAUACAUAAUGAGAUACUUUAUUCCACUUGAAAUUCUACCACAUAAACACAUCCUACAAAGAUUACCAAUUUUAUACAUAACAGGAGAAAAUGAUAAAUAUACAAGUUUUGAAAACCAUCAACAGAUAUUUGAAGAUUUAAGAUCGAAUUCACCACCUAAUGCCAUAUUACAAUUUAAAGGGAUAGCAGAAUGUGGUCAUCUUCCCCAGGAUGAAAAACCUCAAGAAGUUUUAAGGUUAUCAAUAGAAUUUUUGAGAAAUCUUGGUCUUUGA